CUCUUUGCAAUGUCCUUUCUUGCAGUCCUCUCUCGGUCGUCUGUCCGGCAAACGUUCUCUCCAUUUCUUGCACGCGGCUAUGCCGCCAAGAGCUCGAAUACAGAACAGAAAUCGAUCAUAGGUGCAAAAGACGCGUCGGCCGCUGAAGAAAAGACACUUUCGUCGUGUCCGCCAGGCACAGUCCUGGAAGGAUUGAACUAUCUGAAAGGACAACCUCCAGUGAUAGCUCUACCUGAUGACGAGUAUCCUUCGUGGCUAUGGGACCUUCUGAAGCCAAAAGUAUACGAAGACGACGGGCCUGGAGGCAAGGCAGAGAAGAAACGGCUCAGAAAGGAGAAUCAACAGCGUAUCAAGGACCAGAACUUCAUGAAGACGCAGUAGUCUAGUGAUGACCGACUGCUGACACUGCGAUCUGAACUCCUGCUACACUCCGCAUCCUAGACAGCUCUGCGAAAAGUAAGAGGUGGUGUUGUGUACUUGAUACCUUAUAUUUGCAAUGAGUUUCUAAUGUGCCAUUCGCAUUUUUCAUCCACUGAAAUCACAAUGUUUUUGGAUGUGUCAAUCCUCCCCGCUAUCCUCG